AUGUCGUACGUUUAUGAGUCCAAUGAAGACUCGGAAGACACGUUUAAGCAAUAUGAGAUAAGGGAGGGGAUUGUAUUCCUUGUUGAUGUGACACCCUCGGUGGUGGUCGUUAAUGAAGGCACUUCUCAAUUAUAUGAGAUCUUAGCGGCAAUAAAUGAUUUGAUGUCCGAAUUGAUAAUAACAAUGCCAAAGACAGGAAUUGGGAUCUAUUUAUACAAUUGUACUACGGCUAAGGAUAAUAAAGUCAAUGUUAAACCAAUCAAUUCUGUACCCCAUGCUUAUAAACUAUUUGGAUUAGCGGAUUUGAAUAUCCAUAACAUGAAAUUACUAAAUGAUUUCUUAGAUGAUCAUCGUAACGGACUAAUUGAUAUUAAUAAAGCUUUCAUUCCUGAUGAUCCCAGUAAGAAACUGUCUGGGUUCGAUCCUGCGGUGUUGCCAAAAUUGCUAACUAAGCUAAUGGGUGAACUCAAUAAGAAAUCGAAAUACAAUCUGAAAAAAGUGGUUUGGUUCACAAGUAACGAUAAUCCAUUGUUAGGAGAUGAGAAACAUAAAGAAUCUAUGUGGAGAAUCAUAAAUGAUUACUCCCAAAACUAUUACUAUAUCGACCCUAUUUUCUUGGACAAGUUCGAUCCCAGUCUGGGUGAAAAACUCCCCUUUGAUAUGAGUAUUUAUCAAGACAUCUUUAUCAACACCAACUACUUGAAUAAUAGGAAACGGAGAGCUCAGGUCGAUGACGAUGAUGACAGUGAUGGUAAGAAGAAAAGGAACGACUACCUUUCAAGCAACUCAAGGGGUUUCAAAGACUUGUUGUAUGAUGGCUUAUCAGCUAAUUCUAAUAAGUUCAAGAGUACUACUAUUACCAAACAAAUCCGGGCUUCUAUUUUCCGAUUGAAAGAGAUUAAACGAAUUGUAUUCAAUUGCAAUCUUAUACUUAGUGAUGGUGAAGAAACUGGUGGCAAUCUUGGAUGUACAGUUAAGGGGUAUUCCAUAUACAACCAUGAAUCCAUCAGACGUACAAAACAUGUGUAUCCCCAUCUGGAGCAUCUAAAGCCCAUUUAUUUGGAUACGGUACUAAUUAAAGAGUCACUGGGUGAUCCUCUUGAAUUACCUCCUAAACACCAUAAGAAAUCUCAAAGACAAAGAGAAGAAGAAGCAAGUGUGAUGAAAGGGUUGGAAUUACCAAAAGAGAAAGUCAUCUACUUCAACGAUGAACAGGUAUCGUUCAUGAAAAGUUCUAUUUUCGAUAACAGAAUGAAGGAGAAUAAUACUGAAAGUUUGGAUGAUAAUAAUGAUGAAGAUGACAAUGAAAUGAAGACUAACGUUUCAUUAUCAUAUGCACCAUAUUUAAAGCUUCUUGGAUUCAGAGAUAUCUCCAAUUUCCAACCAUAUUAUAAUUUAGUACCUCCUAUAUUUGUUACUGCUGAUUUAGACAACGGGCUUAGAUCAUACUCUUUAGGUGGAGGUUAUUCCAAUUCGUUCAAGACAUUUUCUGCGCUUUACCAACAGUGUCUUAAACUAAAGAAAUUCGCACUAGUUUUCGGUCCAUAUAAGCGUAAUGCUACGCCAUGUUUGUAUGGAAUGAUCCCAUCACUACUCACAUUCCCUUCUGAUCUGAGAUUCCCCGAGGGGUUCUUGAUGGUGAGAUUACCGUGGUUAGAAGAUGUUAGAUCACUCCCUAAUGACUAUAUUGACCAAGGCACUGCGUAUAGCAGUAGUGAUAAUGAACUAGUUGGGAAAUUCAAAGAGCUUAUCAACCAUUUUUCAAUGGAUGCCAUUGAACCCAAGGAGUUCCCAAAUCCGGCAUUGAACUAUUUUUAUUUGAUUAUGAAGUACAAUUUACUUCAAAUGGACAUUACUGAAUGUGAUCUAACGGUCGAAGAUAAGCUCAAAGAAAUCCUCCUAAAUAAUAGACAACUAAUCAUGAAUGAUGAUACUAUCCUUGAUUUAAUCAAAGAUAUCAAACUACACCUAGUUCAAGAACUUAAUGAUAUGCCCUCAUUGGUUCCUUCAAAUGUGAAAAAGUCUAAAUUACAAGUGCAAAAGACAUUUUCCACAGAGAACCUUUCGCCAGAUGAAAUUAUACAAUCAUGCUUCAAACAUCAAGAUUGGAAACAAAGUACCGUUGCUAUGCUUAAGUCAUUUGCCAAGCUGAAGUCUAUCGUUGUUGAUGGGAAGACAAAACAAGCAUUUAUUGAUGCUAUAUCAAACUACUUGGAAGGUGGCAUAUGA